UAUAAAUAUAUACUCUUCAUGAUAUGUUUCGAUACUAAGAGCUCAUAUUUCUAGCCGCCUGCGAAAAUGUGCGCCAAGGAGGCGCUGCGUCCACAGGAUGCGCCCAAUUUGAGUGGCCAGCAGCUCGGCAGCUUGGCGCUCUGGACGCGUCAUCGGGUGUGCAACGAGGACACCAUGGCACACCUAGCGCUCAAAUACGGGACGACAAUCGGGCAAAUUUGUCGCGCUAAUCGCUUGCAUUGGCAGGACAUUCUGCAGACGCGUAGCUACAUUUGGCUACCAGUUCCUGGCAUACAACAGCCAACUCAGGAGCAUGAGAACCAGGCACAGAUAACGCCAGUGAUAACCUUUCCAAAUUAUGGCAGAGUGUUGAUUGUGCCGCCGCAUUUCUAUCGCCAGAGUGCGCCCAAUCUGGAUGACUUUGCCGGCGAGUGCGAUCCGCUGCUGAUCACCACGCGCUGCAUGUGAGGCAAUAACAAUAAAGUACCUGCGUACCUUGCGAGGCAGCACAAUUUAAUUAGCGGCCACAGAUGCAGAUGCUUCGUCCCUGCCCUGCCACCCUUUGUUGCGCUACAUCCUGUCUGGCUCGCUGCCUGCAGCUGCAGACGACGACGAAGACGUCGACGACGACAAAGCAAAAGUGCACAGUUUUAUCAGCCAAGCCAAAUUGUGGGCGGCAUGUUAAUGUUCGUUAAAUGAUUCCCUUUUAGCGCGUCAAACGAAUACUGCGUGAGCUUUGACACGCGUGCGGAGAGAGACUAAAACAGUACCGAGCUCUAACCCGAAAAUAGGUCUGGUUAUCGGAACUACAAAGUGCUAAAAUAUUCUCGAGUCCAAAUUAUGCUGUUGAGCAUGUAUAUGAGGGAAGCAUGAACUUUAAUAUUCUUCUUGAGUUGGUUGACUAAAGAAAUCGAAAUUCAAUUAAGUUGUUUGUGUAAACGUGUUCCUGCUCUUAUAGCUCGAUUUGGGAACCUGGCUUUUUACAUCUAUGAACCCAUAUUUGUGCUGAAGCUCGUCACGUUCCUUACCAUUUUCUAUCUAAUAUCAAUAUAUUGAAAAUUAAAUAA